AAGAGGGUGGGAGCGCGUGCUGCUGGGAGUUGUCUGCAGGCCAGCAGCGCGGGGCUGGGCGCCCUCGGGCAGAACAGUCAUGUCGCACAAACAGAUUUACUAUUCGGACAAAUACGACGACGAGGAGUUCGAGUACCGACAUGUCAUGUUGCCCAAGGACAUAGCCAAGCUGGUCCCUAAAACCCAUUUGAUGUCUGAAUCUGAAUGGAGAAAUCUUGGUGUUCAGCAGAGUCAGGGAUGGGUCCAUUAUAUGAUCCAUGAACCAGAACCUCACAUCUUACUGUUCCGGCGACCACUACCCAAGAAGCCAAAGAAAUGAAGCUGGCGAGCCACCUUUCAGCCGCAAGCUUUACACAGCUGUCCUUGCUUCCUACCGUCUCUCUGAUGGCGUGAUUAUCUCGUUUUCUUAUUUCUCACUUUGAUAUUUAAAGGAUGUUCAAUACACUGAAGUGCUGGAACCUGCUCUACUUCUUGAGUUGAGCCACCAAUGCCACAACCCUGUCAGAUGAGUGACUUCAAAGCCCUAGAGUGCUCUAUCCAGCGGGCCAUAUUUGCCAUCUCUUGAAAGCGCGUGAAAUCAGAUCAUGGCUGUUACAGGGACCGUGUGAAUUUGCUGUUGUGGUUUUUAUUAUUGGGUGCUGUAUUUAUGGUGACUUAUCAGCUUAUAUUUCAGUGUGUUGGAAACUCUACAUUUUAUCUGACAAAUCUCUUCCAUGUUACAAGCCUCUAUUAAAGGAAGUUUUUAUAAUUUA